CUUCACUUCCAGCCGAUUCAGGUUCGGCUGUAGAGUGUGGUGAAGGGUACUUUUCAUGGUGCAUGGAAGGAAAGCCAAUGCGCAGGUGCACCAACAUUCGACCAGGAGAGACUGGAAUGGAUGUAACAAGCCGCUGCACCCUUGGAGACCCCAACAAACUGCCAGAAGGGGUUCCCCAACCUGCCCGCAUGCCCUAUAUCUCAGACAAGCACCCUCGACAAACCUUGGAAGUGAUUAACCUCCUGAGAAAGCACCGGGAGCUCUGUGAUGUGGUGCUAGUUGUGGGCGCAAAGAAGAUAUAUGCCCACCGAGUCAUUUUGUCAGCUUGUAGUCCCUACUUCCGUGCUAUGUUUACAGGAGAAUUGGCAGAGAGCCGGCAGACAGAAGUAGUGAUCCGAGACAUAGAUGAGAGGGCUAUGGAACUGCUGAUUGACUUUGCAUAUACCUCCCAGAUAACUGUGGAAGAGGGCAAUGUUCAGACCCUACUGCCAGCUGCUUGUCUCCUCCAGCUGGCAGAAAUACAGGAAGCCUGCUGCGAAUUCUUAAAGAGACAAUUAGAUCCCUCUAACUGCCUUGGUAUUCGGGCUUUUGCUGACACACAUUCAUGUCGUGAGUUGCUAAGGAUAGCAGACAAGUUCACUCAACAUAACUUUCAAGAGAUUUUCAUGUCUUCUUGCCAUCUGAUGUUUCCAGUGAUGGAAAGUGAAGAGUUCAUGUUGCUUCCAGCCAAUCAGCUCAUUGAUAUAAUAUCUAGUGAUGAGCUAAACGUUCGCAGUGAAGAACAGGUGUUCAAUGCAGUGAUGGCCUGGGUCAAAUACAGUAUCCAAGAAAGACGUCCUCAGUUACCCCAGGUGCUCCAGCAUGUCCGUCUACCUUUGCUCAGUCCCAAGUUCCUGGUGGGCACCGUGGGCUCUGAUCCCCUCAUCAAGAGCGAUGAAGAAUGCAGAGACUUGGUAGAUGAGGCUAAAAACUAUCUUCUGUUGCCCCAAGAACGACCACUAAUGCAAGGACCAAGGACAAGACCACGGAAGCCUAUUCGCUGUGGAGAAGUACUUUUUGCAGUUGGUGGUUGGUGCAGUGGAGAUGCCAUUUCCAGUGUAGAACGAUAUGACCCCCAGACCAAUGAGUGGCGGAUGGUAGCUUCAAUGAGCAAAAGGCGAUGUGGCGUUGGGGUCAGUGUCCUUGAUGACCUGUUAUAUGCAGUGGGUGGCCAUGAUGGAUCCUCGUAUCUCAAUAGUGUUGAAAGGUAUGACCCCAAAACAAACCAGUGGAGCAGUGAUGUGGCUCCGACAAGCACCUGCAGGACAAGUGUUGGCGUGGCAGUGCUUGGAGGAUUUCUUUAUGCUGUCGGUGGCCAGGACGGUGUGUCUUGCCUCAACAUUGUUGAGAGGUAUGAUCCGAAGGAGAACAAAUGGACUCGCGUGGCUUCCAUGAGCACCCGAAGGCUAGGCGUGGCUGUGGCUGUGCUAGGCGGCUUCUUAUAUGCCGUAGGUGGCUCUGAUGGGACAUCCCCACUCAACACAGUGGAGCGCUACAGUCCUCAGGAGAACAGAUGGCACACCAUCGCCCCCAUGGGGACCCGCAGGAAACACCUGGGCUGUGCAGUGUAUCAGGACAUGAUCUAUGCUGUGGGAGGCAGAGACGACACCACAGAGCUCAGCAGUGCGGAGAGAUACAACCCCAGAACCAACCAGUGGUCUCCGGUGGUGGCUAUGACAUCCCGCCGUAGCGGAGUUGGCCUGGCGGUGGUGAAUGGACAACUCAUGGCUGUAGGAGGUUUUGAUGGCACAACAUACUUGAAGACCAUUGAAGUUUUUGAUCCUGAUGCCAAUACAUGGAGGUUAUAUGGCGGGAUGAAUUACCGUCGGCUGGGAGGUGGAGUAGGAGUUAUUAAAAUGACGCAUUGUGAGUCCCACAUAUGGUGAACGUCUAGAAGACAGCUGUGUGUAUGCUCUGCUGUAUUCUGGAGCACUUUGACUUUGUAGCUUUCUAAGCUCGGGAAAACACGAACAAAUUUUAUUCUUUGCCGGUGCCUCAACUAUGGAAACACAAACAAAGUACUUCACCUGUAGGAUGCCAUCUUUGCACAAUGUUCAGUUCUGUGCAGAAUAUUUAUUUUUGAUUUUAAUUUAUCAUGGUUGUUUUUUUAGCUUUCCUCCCGACCAAAAUAAAAAAUUCUAAGCACUGAAAUUUUAAGAUACUAAGUUUGAAAAUGUUAAGGGGAGAAGGGCUAUAUAUGGUCUAGCUGUUAUUUCUAGGCACUCCAUCCACGAUUCCACUCCUUACAAGGACUACCAGUGACAAAGAUCAGAAUGCAAAGUGUGUAAGUUAGCUAUCAUUCUUGCACUAAGCACCAGAAGACUUGAAAAUCUUUUUAAAAAGUAUUAAAUCAAUAAAACCAGGCCUCAAAGUUUUCAUCAAUGGAACUUUGCAUCUUGUUUCCUUCCAUAUGACCUUGUUUUCUGCUACAUUUAAAGUUUUUUCUCCCCACUAUUUUAUAGUGUCUGCUAGAUCUAGAGCCCUACUGUGUGCCUCUACAAAACAGUAUGCGAUUCUCAUGUACUGUCUUAAGAAUCAUGUGCAACUCUGCAUGUUUUUACUCUAAAACAUUACCGACUGACUGAAGCAACUUUCCUUUUGAUUUGCAUAUUGCUACCAAGGACCAGCAGGGAGAAAUGUGCUCUCCCCAGCAGUGAAUUGUGCAACUGACAUUUGAUGCUCAGGCUGCUGAAGCUGAGGCUUACCUGUAAUCACAGCUGCCAAGGAAUGAAUUCUUCAGUUCACGUGAUAGUACAUGGGAAGGGGUGUAAAACCAGCUGAGGCAUUUUAUUAAUAUCUUGGUUCUUUUAUACAGCUAUAUAUUAUUAUCCUCCUCAUUCUAUAAAGUCACUGCUACUACUCUUGCACUUUUUGAAGAAAAGUUAAAAAGUUUUAAGGAGAAAA